AUGCGUUCGCUCCGCGCGCGCACCGCGCCCGCGCGCGCCGCGCCCGCGCGCGAUGGACGACGAAUCGUCUCUCUCGCGCGCGCGCGCGACGACGGGCGGCGACGGGGCGCGCGCGCGAGGGAGGAGGCGGAUGAAGACGUGGGCACGGGCGAUGACGUCGUGGAAACUCUACGAAAACGCGCGCUCGCGCUCGGUCUGUGCGCGCUCGCGGCGAACGUGAGCGCGACGUCGACGGCCGUCGCGAGUGUCGAUCGCGGGUGGGGACCGGGGGUGGGGCGAGGAGACGCGGAGCGCGCGUUUGGGUGGGGAGAUGAUGAAUCUGGCGCGGACCGCGACGGGGACGCCGAGGCGUCGGGGCGCGAGAAGACGUUUCGCGCGUUCGUGAGCCCUGAAUUACGAGGCGAUGGCGCGGGAUGGGUGCCGGCGCCUCGACGGGCGCUCGCGCGGGACGGAGGGUAUCGGACGAUUCAGUCGUCGCAGCGAUUGACGGAGGACGAGCGAGAGACGGUUAAUCUGUUCAACAACGCCAAGCGGAGCGUGGUGUACAUCACGAACGUCGCGGUGCGCAGAGACGCGUUCACGCUGGAUCUCACGGAAGCGCCUCAAGGGGCGGGGAGUGGGGUGGUUUGGGACGACGCGGGACACAUCGUGACGAAUUUCCACGUCAUUGACCGAGCGAAUCAGUUGAAGGUUUCCUUCUUGCCGAAAAAGGGGGCGAGUCGGUUGCAAGGACAAAAGGUGUACGACGCCGCGAUCGUGGGGUUCGAUGAGGACAAAGAUAUCGCGGUGUUACAGGUGACGGAUCCUGAGGCGUUGGAAGAGAUGAAGCCGCUGAGCAUCGGGAGAAGCGGCGAAGCUUUGGUCGGGCAACGCGUGUACGCCAUCGGGAAUCCCUUCGGGCUCGAUCACACGCUGACGACGGGCAUCAUCAGCGGUCUCGGCCGAGAGAUUCAGAGUGGGAAUACCGGGCGUCCGAUCGAUGGGAUCAUUCAAACCGAUGCCGCGAUAAAUCCUGGGAACAGUGGCGGUCCGCUGUUGAACUCUAGCGGACAACUCAUCGGCAUCAACACGGCUAUUUACUCCGCCUCCGGGACGUCCAGCGGUGUCGGUUUUGCGCUUCCUAGCGACAUGGUGAGUGGUAUAGUCGAUCAAAUUAUUCGUUUUGGACGCGUGACGCGUCCUAUUCUGGGAGUCUCGUUCGCUCCGGAUGGCGCGUUGGAUCAACUUGGUCUCGGUGGUGUCCUGGUUCUCGACGCGCGUCCGGGUGGACCUGCGGACCGUGCGGGCGUGCACAGCACCACUCGCGAUGAUACUGGUCGACUUAUUCUCGGAGACAUCAUUAUUGAACUCGCCGGAGAACCGAUCGAGGGCUCCAGCGACCUGUACCGCACGCUCGACAAGCUCAGAGUCGGAGACGUCGUCGAGCUGAAACUUCUGCGCGGCGCGGACAAAAUCACGACGCAGAUUGAGCUCGACGACAUCAAAGACAUGAAACCUCCGAGGGAGUCCACAGUGGUGAUCCCAAUGCGACCCCGUAACAACAGUAUGCCUUUUUGA